CUUGCAUCACCCUCAUGCGCACUGCUUCUAUCAGUCUCAUUUUAUCAUUCAGUCUCGCAGAUGUGACCACCGCUUUGUAUGUGGGAAAAUGGUGUCCCCGCGCCUGCGAUCUAACGCUCGACUAUGCAACCUUUAACGACACAGGCGCACAGCAAUCAAGAAAGGCGCGCAAGUGUCGCAGUGAGAAACACAUUACAUCGCUGUAUCUAUGCUUCGAGGAGUAUUGCAAGGAUGAUGGCGAACGGGACUCAUUUCUACACGAAGAGGUCACAUGGUGUGAAGAGCGUAUAGGUGUGACAUUGCCCAGUUACCAGGAUGUUGUGAACCGAUGGACGCCGGAGUACAAAGCAGGAGUCAAGCGGUUGAGUGCAGACGAGGGCCUAGAGUUUCCGAUUUUGGGCGAAGUCGUCGUACCAGAUGAUAUGUUUUUUGAGAGGGCGUUCACAACUUUGGACGCGGCGAAUUUUGAAUAUGACAUUCAUCUGAUCUACGGCUGGUACAUGUACUACUUCUGGAUCUCAGUAGUGUCUUUAGGCAUCCUAGCACGCCUUCUGUCAUCCAUUCGCAGCCUCAUCCACCAGAACAAGGGCUAUCGACCAGUUUGUGGAUCCGAAUCAGAAAUCCCCAUCAAGCCUCGCAAAACCGCCAGUCUCCCAAACUCAUGGCUGAAGCGAUAUCUCACCACCCCGGCUGCAUUCGGAAACCGCUGCUCUCAGACUUAUGGGUGGUGCACAAUCCCGCCUCGCAUCCAGUCACUCACCAUCUUCUUUUUUGUUGCUCUCAACGUCGUUCUCUGCACUAUCUCCUACCGCCUGACAUCAGGAAAUCUAUACUGGCCGCAAAAGUCUGCGCAGCUAUUGCGCUUCGUAUCCGAUCGCACUGGUAUCAUCUCGCUGGCAAACUUCCCUCUGGUUUGGCUCUUUGGCAUGCGGAACGAUGCCCUCAUGUGGGUUACGGGUUGGGGAUUCGGCACGUAUAACGCGUUUCAUCGCUGGGUGGCGAGAGUUGCCACGGCGCAAGCGGUGGUGCAUAGCAUUGGUUAUACAAUCAUGACUUGGGAGGAUGGUGGUUGGUUCCACUUCAAGAAGUAUCUUCACAAACAUUACUUUUGGAAUGGCGAACUAGCAACAAUUGCCAUGUGCGGCCUGCUAGCCUUCUCUGUUUAUGGGCUUCGACGCGCACACUAUGAGAUCUUUCUCAUCACCCAUAUUGUUCUUUCUGUCACCGCGCUCUGGUCUAUGUACUACCACGUCGAAAUUUUCGUCAACGGCGAAUGGAACAUCUUCAUCUGGCCCUGCCUUGGUGUUUGGACCUUGGACCGUGUCUUGCGAGUUGCUCGAAUUCUGGCUUUUCACUGGAGAUUUUGGAAUACCAAGGCGACUGUGAGCUACGAUCCAUCGUCGAAUCUAGUCAAGAUGGAGGUAGAUGGUAGCAAGAGCUGGACCAGGAUCAAGCCGGGAACGUACUACUACAUUCAUGUCCUAAACGACCUUUGCUACGCGCACCAGAGUCACCCCUUCACUUUAGCAUACGUGUCUUCGGAUACGAACAACUUAUCGCCCACACCAUUGUCGACUCUCUCACCUCGACCUCCGCCUCCGCCCCAACGUACAGAUUCAUUCGAGUCUAGCGAGUCCGACGCUCUGCUGUCCACUUCUUCGCGAACGUCAUCGAGAUUAGUCUUUCUCAUCCGUCCUUAUGAUGGUUUCACAUCGCGCCUAAAGAAGCACUGCCUCUUGCAUCCGAAAAAGCUCAGGGUGCUCAUUGAGGGGCCAUACGGACACACAAUACCACUCAACACGUAUCCUAACGUCCUCUUUAUCGUCGGCGGCACCGGAAUUGCCGUCCCGUUAUCCCACUUAUCGCAUCUCUUGCAUGCAGACUCCCACGUGCAGAGUGUGAAGAUUGUGUGGGCGGUGCGGGAGCAUGCUUUUCUUGCUUCCAUCCUGCAGGAAUUUCAUGCAUUACUGGAGGAUGAGAGGGUGGAGAUAGAAGUUCAUAUAACACAAGAUGAAGAAGUCAAGGAUGAUUUGCCGAGGACACAUACAACAGGCAUGGAGAUCUUGACAGGGAGGCCAAACGUGCAUGCAGUUGUCGAGGAAGCGGCACGGGGAGCGGGUCAAAUAAGCCUUGCGAUAGUAGCCUGUGGACCGGCGCGUAUGGCUGAUCAAGCAAGGAAGGCCAGUGUGGAUAUGCUCGGAGAGGGUUUAGGGGGUGUCGAGUAUUUCGAGGAGAGCUUCAAGUGGUGAAUUUGUUACGUAGCAUGGUUUAAAACGGCCUGUUUGGGGGUUUAGAUGUGCUGAAGACAUGGGGUGUUGUAUAUGACAAGCAAAUCUCACCAAAAUUUCAAUUUGUGUUAAAGAAACUUCUUUC